GUUCUGUUACAUAGCUACAUACUACUAACCUAGGUAGUUAAACAUUUCAAGAAUUAACAUUUUUCAUCUUUUUCAACUUCCUAUACAACUUGAAACCAUCCAUCAUUGAGCCCUACAAUCUCUAGUCAUUAGUACGAUUCAUCCAACUACACGAAUAACAUCAAAAAAACAACAAAAAUGGAUUACCAGAACCGCGCGGGCUCUAAGUUCGGCGGCGGUGGCGUCGCCUCUCACAGCGCGACGAACGCGGACCGACGCGAGCGACUGCGCAAGUUAGCCCUCGAGACCAUCGACCUUGACAAAGAUCCGUACUUCUUCAAGAACCAUGUUGGAUCUUUCGAAUGUCGCCUAUGCUUGACUGUACACCAGAACGAUGGAUCCUACCUCGCCCACACCCAGGGCAAGAAGCAUCAGACGAAUCUAGCGCGCCGCGCCGCUCGCGAGCAAAAGGAAGGCAAAGCACAGGUUGACCCGAACACGGGGCUUCCUGUCGGAGUGGUGGGUGCUGGAUUUGGUGCUGGAAUGAUACGGAGGAACGUGGUCAAGAUCGGACGGCCCGGGUACAAGAUCACAAAGGUGCGCGACCAGGUGACGAGGCAACAAGGAUUGCUGUUCCAGCUGCAGUAUCCGGAGAUCGGCCAGGGAGUGACGCCAAAAAUACGCUUCAUGAGCGCGUUCGAGCAGCGCGUCGAGGAGCCGCCCGACAAGAACUUCCAGUACAUGCUCGUCGCGGCCGAGCCCUACGAGACGUGCGGGUUCAAGCUCCAGGCCCGCGAGAUCGACCGCUCCGGCGAUAGGUACUGGACCUGGUGGGACGCGGAUCUGAAGGAGUUCUGGGUCCAGGUCAUGUUCCUAACGGAGCGUGAGGAGAGAUAUGUCGGUGUGCCGGGUUUGCCUGGACGCAGGUGAUUUAGGAGAUUGCUUGUCAUAGCCGGGAAGGAAUAGAAUAUGCAUCGUAUACCCAGUGCGAGAGAAAACUCGAAGUAUUAACUCAAAAUCACAAAUCAAGUUAUUCGACAAUCACCCUUCAAAUAAAACCGAUAACUGUCGUCGUCGCCGUAGCAGUCGGAUAGUCCUAUUCUAUAC